CCCUGAAACUCCAAAGGCCGUGGCUUGACUGAAAAGAGGAAAAGAGAAUUAGCUGGAAAGGGAGUAAGCAAAAACUGGUGAGAAAAGAAGCAAAGAAGAGAAGAUCGAGCGAUGGUGGAAGGGAGGGAACGCUCCUGUGAUCUCACACGUCACGUGACUCGAGCUGCACCAAUCAGAGAGUGGCACCGGAGAGUGGCAGGAUCGCCGCGGGAGCCGUGACCUCAGACGGGAGACUGACAGGCCGUCACCACGGCGAUCACCACGACAACAAGCGGCAAGACGCACCUGGACCUCGAAAACGGCCUCCCUCAGACCACUCCAAAAACCACGCUGCUACUGCACAAACCACUAGUGAGCAAGAGACACAGAGAGAGAAACUGAGAGAGAGAUAGAGUCCCAUAGUGAAACAGGCUGGGGCUCCUUGAGCUGUAAGGAGAGGGCAGCGGUGGUGCAGGAUUUAGCCCUCCUGGAAGUGACACAUGGCUUCUAACAGCAUCUUCGACUCCUUCACUAGCUACUCCACCAGUUUACUCAGAGAUCCGGGCACCAGCAGACGCUUCACGCCGCCCUCCGCGUCGUUCUCGUGCGGCACCCUUAAGCUGGACGGUGGCGGCGGCGGCGGCGCGGGCGCGGCGGGCAUGAGCAGCGCUCUCCCCGUGGGUGUGCGCGCGCGGGCUGAGGCGCGCUCGGUUGUGGACGUGCUGGCGGACCACGCCGGAGAGCUCGUGCGCACCGACAGCCCCAACUUCCUGUGCUCCGUGCUGCCCUCGCACUGGCGCUGCAACAAGACUCUGCCGGUGGCGUUCAAGGUGGUGGCCCUGGGCGAUGUGCCGGACGGUACUCUGGUCACGGUGAUGGCCGGUAAUGAUGAGAAUUACUCCGCUGAGCUGAGAAACGCCUCCGCCGUGAUGAAGAACCAGGUCGCGCGCUUCAAUGACCUGCGCUUCGUGGGCAGAAGCGGGAGAGGGAAGAGUUUCACCCUGACCAUCACUGUGUUUACCGGACCGCCUCAGGUGGCAACAUAUCACCGCGCCAUCAAAGUCACUGUGGACGGCCCACGAGAGCCAAGACGUCACAGAGUGAAGCUGGAGGAAAGUCAGAAGUUUUCUGAGCGGCUGAGUGAGAUGGAACGUUACCAGCGUGCCAGUCUGAGGAUGGGCACUGGCAAUGGCCCGGCUCGUCCUACCCACCAGUCUCAUUACAGCUCCUCUGGUGCCACUCAGAUACCAGGACUUUGGCCAGACCAGAUUGAGGCACCUCCUCUCAAAACCUGCAAAGUGGAGGACGACAUCCGCUGGUCAAGCACCGACCUGUUCCCGCAGAGGACAACAUUUCCGUCCCUUUCACCGCUGACCGCCCCACGUUUUCCUGACCCCCACAUGCACUACCCGAGUCCUUUCACCUACUCAGCCAACCCGUCCGGCACAGGCAUCGGGGGUCUAAGCGUGACAGGCAUGUCGACCUCCACUCGUUACCACACCUACCUGCCUCCACCGUAUCCUGGCAACCAGAAUCAAAGCUCCCACUUCCAGACCAACUCCUCCCCUUACCAUCUGUAUUACGGCACCGGCUCAAGCUCCUACCAGUUCUCCAUGGUGCCGGCCAGCGGUGGCUCGGGGGGUGAACGCUCGCCCACCCGCAUGCUAACCUCCUGCACAGCGGCGGCAGGGGGUGGAGCUGCUGGUUCAGGGGGUGGAGCCGCUGGCAGCUUGAUGAACGCCAGCCUUGGUAACCAGAGUGACGGGGUGGAGGCGGAUGGCAGCCACAGCAACUCGCCCACCGCCAUGAGCACGUCGGGCCGCAUGGACGAGUCCGUGUGGAGGCCUUACUGAGCCUGGACAGGGUGGGGUUUUGUGGAAGAGGGGUAAGGAAGGCAAAAAAUGCUUGAUCCCUUGAGAAAAGCUUGCAUUUAAAACCAAAGUGACAUAUGAUGAUAGAAAAAUGGCAUUCCUGGCAUGUUCCAGGACGCUUUGGGGAGGGACAGAACUGAAAGAGUGGCAAGAAGAGGACAGAGCAAAGCUUGUGUGUUUUAAAAAUGAAAAAAAAAAAGAAAAAACAUCGCAUGGUUGGUCCAUUUUGAUGCCUCCCUCCUCGUUCCUUUUCCUUUUUCUCAUGCAGACCAAAAAGAGACAGUAUGAUGUGUUUUAAUGUUUUAUUCCAUGAGGAGUGCCAAUCCUCACCCUGUAAGACUGAACCGUCGAGAGUAAGGUUGGCCGGAUGAAGAAUGCCGACCCAUCGAUAUUUCCUGAAGCUUUCCAAAAUCACAGACUGCAAAUGUUCUCUUGUUUCAACUGUAACUAGAGCAUCUGAACAUUGAGUGGCCGACCAGAAAAGACACCGCCCUCACUGCUUUACCAUCAGGGCAGCCAGAUUCACAAUAAUGAGAUCACUGACCUUCGCCUGCCUUGAUGCCGGCCCAGCAUGUAACGUAAACCAUGCUGUAUCAGGUCAACCUGAUCGAUUAAGACUUUUAUUGAUGUCUUUGUUGAUUCAAGCUACAUUCAGCUAUUGCCUUCAAGCUUCACGUCUUCAAACUGGGCAAAUUGGAAUAGCAUUCAGAAUCGAUACGAUAUCAUUCAUAAUGGAAGCACAAUAAGUUUUGGUACAGAAUGAAAAAAUGCCACAGCUAGUGACAAUUAAAUACCAAAGAAGUUGACAUUGUUUUGUUUUGAUUUUCUUUUUUUUUCACUGUCACAAUCAUAAACAAUUUUCUGGCUUUUCAUACAUGCUGAGGUUUGUGUUUAUGGAAUGGUUUUUGACAGCAAUUUCGUCACAAUUGCUUUUUUUGCUUUGGAAUUUUUUUUUUGUUAUAUUGUGGUUUCUUCAAGCCAUUCUUUGUUUGAACUAAGUAAUAUGGUUUGGGAUUUCUUUAAUUUAUUUGAGCCAAUUCUAUAUAAAUAUUCUUAUUGUUUCCAGGUCAAAAACAUUUAGUGCUUCUUUGUAUUUUUUUUCUAAUCCUUUGAUUUAAUAUAAAACUGCAAGCGUGCUACUGUAAUAUAUGAUGCCUAAAUUAUGAAAUGGUAGAAAUUUUAAAAAAUGUAAUGUCUGUUUUCCAAUGUAGCUCCAAUGCACUAAAAGGUUUAUUUAAAGGAAAUGUCAUGAUAAACCACAGAAUAGGUAUCCACCAUACAUCCUCCACAUCAUUCCAAAGUGUAAGGAACUCUGAUAAGAUGCCGUAGGAUGCAUUACCAAAGCCAGGGCCGUUUCUGAAUAUCUGAGGGCUCUAAGUGACAUCCUUUUUUGGGGCCCCCUACUCAACCCAAUCAUAGCAUUUUGUCUGAAAGAAUGAAAAAGAAUUCAUUAUUAAUCCUUAAUUAAUCGAAUUUAGGAAACAGUUUGAUAAUUGCUCAAGUAAACACAAUAAACAUAUACAAGUGCCAAUUCAUAUUAAAUUAACAUUAUAAGAUAUUAUUCUGCCAAUUUCAUGACAAACUAAACAAAAGUCAGAGACCACCCUUCAUUUAUUCAUUUCAUUCCAUGUCAUUGGACAAAAAGCAGAAAUGAUGUAUUUAACAGCGAGUUACCCAACACCUUAAUAACUACAUUCAAAUGACAUUUUUCAGUAUUAAUGUGUCCACAAUUUGCAUUUAUUACAGCUUCCAUUCUUUUUGGACACUUGCUUUCAAUUUUUUUUUAUUUGAGGCAUGAGAUGGAAACAUGAGAUGUUUCCACACCUCUAAAGUUCAGUCUUAGAAGUUGGUUGCAUUUUCAAUCUCUCACAAUCCACAAUGGUCACACAGCAUACUUUCCUUUGACUUUCCCCUUCUGUGAGUAGAUUAGAUAUAACUAACCUGAAACGGAGAUGAAUUGAACUUAAAAGCCAUGUUGACUGUGAAUAAAUAAACAAAGAGUGGUCUCUGACUUUUCUACAGCACUGUACAUACAAGGCCCUGAAGCGGCUUCGUAUACUGCAAGAAACGACCCCGACUAAGGCAUCAAAUUCCCAUCUGCGCACUAGUUAACUAAUCAUCAAACACACUUCAGGGCACAAAGUUCCACUCUCUCUUUAUUGGCCAAUGAGUGAAGUCUUCCAAUGUCAUUCCAAUCCCUUUGAGAAUGAAGAACACAGGUAGCUUUAAGCAUGUACAUUAUCCGCCUCCUUUCACAAUGAAAGGACGGAAACAGUAGACGAUAACUGGGCAUGCCUGAAAGCACAUUGUCUCCUAUUAUUUGAAUAACAAAACCGUGCACAUGCUGGAACAUUGGAGGUAAAGUGGCCAGAACUCUCUCUAAGUUCACUUCAGGCUCACAUCCAACACAGCUGUACGCAAUAUCUCAUCUCCUGGAAGCCUUUCCCAGGCCUGCCACGCCCCUUCACACCUGAUCCCUGUACCUGCAGGCAGAAGGAAGGGAAAGAGAGAGUAAGAUGGAUGAAGAGAGCUGUAGAUUGUGGGAUAGAGAUCCUUUUUCAGUGACCAGUGGUCAUCCUUUAGGGUGCUAGUUAUGCUAACGCCGCAAAGGUCCUCUUUGUUCGUUCGACUUUGAAGCCUCUGCGGAGGCCGCUCGUUUCUUUCGCUAUUGUCAUUUGUACGUAAUUAACGUUCAAAGCUGGAGGCCAUCGCAGAGACCGAGAUGUAUGACUUUGCCUACAUGAGAAGCUCUUAGAAGCAAGAGUUUUAUUGCUAACUUCAAUGCCACUUGGUAAUGGAGGUGUCAUGUAGUCUGAGGUGGUACUAAAGAUCAGAUCAGAGUCGAUCAAACGCUUGUUCACUGUUAAAACACUGUUACAGGCCCUAAUUGUUAGCAGUCUCACUUACAACAGAAGCCAGUGGGCAGGUUCUGAAGCAACUGCCCAUUGGCUUCUGUUAUGAAUGUGUUUGAGUUCUCCGCUCUUUUCUAAGUAAUGGGAAGCAAGUUUUGCCCAUGGUUAUUGAACGUGUGCUACAGGUUUAGCAGAUAGAUAUUAGGUUGAAAAAUGAUGGCAAUUUCCUUUAAUAUCCAGACAGUAACUCAUAAACAAAUUGCUUUUGGGUGUGAAAUAUUCCUUUCUCUCCAUGUGCAUAGUAUUAAAACAGUCCGGGGGGGUGAUUAUCUUUGCCAAUGACAAUCAACUACAAUCUAGACAGUUCUCAGAUGAGUAUCCAGACGAUUUGACUCAGGAAACAACUAAGACUUUCUGCCUUAUGAUGCUUCAUGACAGUGAUGAUAAUUAAUGUUGCGAAUAUAAGGAAAGCACAACCUAACUUAACUAAAACUCUUCUAUGAACAGAGCUAAACUGCUUUAAACUGGGGCGUCGAUCAGUGGUGCCGAACAAAAGACACUGCUGGCCCAAAUUACAUGACCAAACAACAUGUUUGUUUAUUAUGAGAAAUGGUUUGUUUUCGUGUUUGUUUUCUGUCUGAUCUACGCUGCCCAAUGAUAUUAGGACAGCACACACAAAUCUAAAAUGUGUUUUCCACACUUUGUCACAUUGCAAUGUGAGUUGAGUGCAACAACCAAAAGCUCAGUGGUUCCUUUUCAAGAACAAAAUAGUGUUUUUCAUUCACUGUAUAUUUGAGUUUUGAUUCUUUAACAUGCUCUGCUAUAGUGUACCUUCAUUGUGUGCAAACAAUGUAGUUUUUGAUGCAUUUUAAUUAAAAAAGAGACGUUUCGCUUA